GCGGGGCGGGCGUGCUUCCUUGGGACUUGCUGGCUCGGCGAGGCUCGGCCCGGCGCGGGGGACCUAAGCCCGGGGAGCGCCCAGCAGCGAGGACGCGCCUCGUUCACCGCCUCGGGUCGGAGCCUCGGCCUCCCGGCGUCGCCGCCCACCCCGCCUUUUUCGAGGCUAACUCGGUCUCUUGGGGGAGCCUGGGCUCGCUAAAAGUUGGAAAUCUGGCCUCUGGCCCUGCUUGUACCUUGGCAUCUCACUUUCUGCUUCCCGGCCCCGGUUCUUUCAGCUCUAAGAUGGAGGACGGUGGUAUCUGCCCUAUGCACACCACAGGGUGAUUGCAGGGUUGAUACUGCCUGGCUGAAAACGAAGGAGCGCCGGUUCUCCACCCGGCAGCCAGUAGAAUCGCUUGGGAAGCCUCCAAAUGCUGAAGCCCGGUCACCACCGGGUAAUUGUGAUCUGCGGCCCCAGAGUGAAAUGACAGUACUGUGAUCACGACUGAAAUAUGCACUUCACCGAACGUGGAUCACAUUCUUGAGAAAGCAAGCAGCCGGGAUUUUUUUUGUGUUUUUUUUUUUGUUUGGUUGGUUGGUUUUGGUCCAAGAAGACAGGGACCUAAUCUGGGUGGAAGAUGUCUAUGGAUGUGACGUUUCUGGGGACGGGUGCAGCAUACCCAUCUCCAACCCGGGGUGCCUCUGCUGUGGUCCUUCGGUGUGAGGGCGAGUGCUGGCUCUUUGACUGUGGGGAGGGAACACAGACACAGCUUAUGAAAAGCCAACUUAAAGCAGGAAGAAUUACCAAGAUCUUCAUCACACAUCUUCAUGGAGACCAUUUCUUUGGCCUUCCUGGACUCCUCUGCACAAUCAGCCUGCAGAGUGGCUCCAUCAUGUCCAAACAGCCUAUUGAAAUCUAUGGCCCUCUAGGGCUUCGGGACUUUAUCUGGCGAACCAUGGAACUCUCUCACACGGAGCUGGUCUUCCAUUAUGUGGUUCAUGAACUGGUUCCCACAGCGGAUCAAUGUCCUGCAGAAGAACUAAAAGAAUUUACACAUGUGAAUAGAGCAGGCAGUCCUCCCAAAGAGGAACAAGGAAGAACUAUCCUACUAGACUCAGAAGAAAACUCAUACCUUCUGUUUGAUGAUGAACAGUUUGUUGUAAAAGCAUUUCGCCUCUUUCACAGAAUUCCCUCAUUUGGGUUUUCAGUUUUGGAAAAGAAACGCCCCGGUAAACUCAAUGCACAGAAACUAAAAGACCUCGGUGUUCCACCAGGUCCUGCCUAUGGGAAGCUGAAAAAUGGAAUUUCUGUUGUUCUGGAAAAUGGGGUUACAAUUUCUCCCCAAGAUGUCUUAAAAAAGCCUAUUGUUGGAAGAAAAAUCUGCAUAUUGGGGGACUGCUCUGGGGUUGUGGGUGAUGAAGGAGUAAAGCUGUGCUUUGAAGCAGACCUGUUGAUCCAUGAAGCGACCCUGGAUGAUGCCCAGAUGGACAAAGCAAAGGAGCAUGGCCACAGCACACCACAGAUGGCAGCAACAUUUGCAAAGUUGUGCCGUGCAAAGAGGCUGGUUCUGACUCACUUCAGUCAGAGGUACAAACCAGUUGCCUUGGCCAGAGAAGGAGAAACAGAUGGCAUUGCAGAACUAAAAAAGCAAGCUGAAUCAGUGUUAGAUCUCCAAGAAGUGACUCUAGCAGAAGAUUUUAUGGUGAUAAGCAUUCCAAUCAAGAAAUGAAACCAGUGUUCCUGAGUGCAUACUGACAUGUCUGUGAUGUGUUACUGAACCUAUAUUCCAGUUUUUUAUUUCUUGUUUUAGUCUGAAAUCAUUUGGGCCCUAAUAAUCCUAAAAAGAAUGGAGUUGCAUUGAUGAAUUGACUCAGUAUAUUUAAAGGAAGUAAGCUUUUUGAUAAUAAAUCUUUUUAAGAGGAAAAAACCCCAACAUCCUUAUUAAAGUCCAAAUUUGACAAAAUGA